AUGCGCAGAAGAAAGAAUGCAGAUGCACAAGCCGCAUUUAGGGCUAGACGUACUCAAUACAUAGCGAACCUCGAGGAAACCGUUACAAGCCUCGAGGGUGCAGUGCGCCGAUUACAAGACGCUCUACGGGACUCGCGUGAUGAGAUCAGAGAGCUCAAGGAGGAGAAC